AUGUUGUUUAAGUUGGUAUUAGCAUUGUUACUUGUGUUUUGUGCUGAGGCGCAAGAUACUCGACAGAUUUUAUUAACUUUGAGCUCGGUUGGAAAUUCUGAGAAGGGAGCGCAAGGUCCACCGGGUCUUCCAGGUAAAAGAGGACCAUCUGGAUUACGAGGCUCGGCUGGACCUGUCGGCGGACCCGGUACUACGGGUCGUCAAGGUGAAAGAGGACCACCUGGAUUAAACGGCUCGGUUGGCCCUGUCGGCGGACUCGGUACUACGGGACGCCCAGGUGAAAGAGGACCACCUGGAUUGAAAGGCUCGGCUGGAACUGUCGGCGGACUCGGUCCGAAGGGACGUCCAGGUGAUAGAGGACCGCCUGGAUUGAAAGGCUCGGCUGGCCCUGUCGGCGGAUCCGGUACAACGGGUCGUCCAGGUGAAAGAGGACCACCUGGAUUGAGAGGCUCAGCCGGACCUGUCGGCGGACUCGGUCCUAAGGGGCAAAAGGGAGAAUGUACUUCGAACAGUGCAUACGUUGAUAAUGCUAUACAGGAGAUGAAAAACCGACUCAGAGAGUUUCAUGCUGGUUUUAAACAGAUAAAUGGAACAGCUUGGUUUUCUGCUGGAAAUGGUUAUAUUUAUCGAACUCUGCCAGCAUCAAACUAUCAAGCUGCUGUACGUUCGUGUGCAGCAAUCGGUGCAACAUUGGCUGUUAUUGCUCCAAGAAAUAUAAACAUAAUGAGAAUGAUAAGACAGCGUUUCGGUAUUGCAUCACAACACAACUGGAUCGGUCUUAAUGAUAUUGAACGGGAGAAUACUUGGGUUUGGGAAAACGGGGAGCGACUUUUAAGCAGCGAUGCCGAUUGGAACACUGGGGAACCAACAAAUUCUGGAGGCAUCGAAGACUGUGGGAUGUUGAAUCAAUUAGGAAAAUGGAAUGAUUUCCCUUGCAAUAGAGGGUUGAUACCACUCUGCGAAAUGUCAAUUUUUGACUUUUGUCAUACAGAGAAUUUCAAAAUGUUUUUUAAGUUGGUAUUAGCAUUGUUACUUGUGUUUUGUGCUGAGGCGCAAGAUACUCGACAGAUUUUAUUAACUUUGAGCUCGGUUGGAAAUUCUGAGAAGGGAGCGCAAGGUCCACCGGGUCUUCCAGGUAAAAGAGGACCACCUGGAUUACGAGGCUCAGCUGGACCUGUCGGCGGACCCGGUACUACGGGUCGUCAAGGUGAUAGAGGACCACCUGGAUUAAAAGGCUCGGUUGGCCCUGUCGGCGGACUCGGUACUACGGGACGCCCAGGUGAAAGAGGACCACCUGGAUUGAAAGGCUCGGCUGGAAAUGUCGGCAGACUCGGUCCGAAGGGACAGAAAGGAGAAUGUACUUCGAACAUACAAGAAAUGAAAAACCGGUUCAGCAGGUUUCAAACAGGCGUUAAACAGAUAAAUGGCAGACCGUGGCUGUCAGUCGGCAAUGGUUAUUUGUAUCGAACAAUACCAGCAAGAAACUAUCAUGCUGCUAAUACGACCUGUCGGGCAAUUGGAGGAAGACUGGCUGUUGUUGCACCAAGAAAUGAACACACAAUGAGAACCAUCACAACUCAUCCACUCAUAAGAACAGUAUCAUCGCACAACUGGAUCGGUCUUAAUGAUAUUGAACAGGAGAAUACUUGGGUUUGGGAAAACGGGGAGCGACUUUUAAGCCGCGAUGCACACUGGAAUUCCGGAGAACCAACAAAUUCUGAAGGCCGCGAAGACUGUGUGGUGGCAUUUAGCACAGGCGGAUGGAAUGACGUACCUUGUGAUAUCAAUGCAACACCGCUUUGCGAAAUGUCAAUUUUUGAUACGUAAAUUUGGAAAAGUAUAUGAAUUUGGGAAAGUAUAAAUCAUUUUAAAUCGCCCCAAAACCGACUUGUAAGAUAUUGAUACUGGUUGUAGCUUGAUCACCGUUAUGACGACACCAGUAUAAUAGCAUGCUUUAUAAAACCAGGUAAAAGUAAAAUUCUCCUCUUCUGGUAGCUGUCGUCUAUUAUUGCGCACCCCGUGAUAUAAAUCAUGCAAUAAUC